GAUCUGGGCUUUCACCGUGAGAACCUGCCACCGUGUCUCUGUGGCUGCUGCGGGUCCGGAUGGCCAGCCUGGUUUGGACCCAUCAGGACCUCCUGAGAGGGACGCAGGCGCCCCGUUCAGUCCGGAUAGGCUGUCAGUCAGGAUUAUCCGGCUGACAGCCAAUCAGCAGCUCUGUUAAGGUUUUGAGGAAAAGCACACGCAGGUGACUCAGUGAGGCGUUCUUUCAGGUGUAAAAUUGUCCUCCACGUCUUCCCUUAGAACUAACGAACCAGGAACCACCAUCAGGCUUUUGAAGGUCAAAGAACCGGACCUUGAAACUGAGAUUUCCUUCAGUUUGACGAUGAUGAUCACCUCUGCCUGCAGGUUCUGGCUCGGCUCCCCAUCAUGUCUGACUGCAGAAGAGAUUUGGACGGCUUGAGGGCCCUCAUUCAGUCCUGUGCUGGAUUCAACUCAGAGCAGACAAUGGAGUUCUACAACAAUCAGGCAGAGACGUACCACCAGGACCUUUUGGGGACCUUGGAAUACAGAGCUCCGCAUCAUUUAGUCGAUUUCUUGCUUGCCAACUACUCUGGAGAUCGUGAGAAGGUUCAGGUUCUGGAUGUGGCCUGUGGGACCGGACUGGUUACUAAACUGAUGUUUGAGCGGGGAUUCAGGAACUUUGUUGGAGUGGACUGCAGUAAAGAAAUGCUGGAGCAAGCUGCAGCGACCGGACUCUACCAGAAACUCCAUCAGGCCCUGCUGGGAACAGAACCUCUGCCUGCACAGCCUGGUGUGUUUGAUCUGGUGGUCCUCGUUGGCGGUCUCGGUGUUGGUUUCGCUCCGGUAUGUGUUGUCAGGGAGCUCUGCGAAGCGGCUAAACCAGGUGGUUUAAUCUGUGUGGCGAGAGGGAACCACACAACUCCAGAGGAGAGAGAAUUUGGGGUACAUCUGAACAGAGAGGUGCAGCUGAUGGAGGAGGAGGGACUGUGGAGCCGAGUCGCCGUCAGACAGGUGGACAGAUACAUGCUGGACCCUCAGCUGAAGACCAAGGUGCAGGGGGACAUGGUUUACAUCCCUGGGAGCCUUUACCUCUACAGGAAGUCCGUCAGUUAGGCUGGAAACAGGCAUCAGGGAGAAUAAAACGAUCUAACGAUGGAGACAGGGCAGCAAGGAAAAGCUGCUGAGACAGCUACUGAACAGUUACCACAUCUGUUUCAUAAAAGAUAUAACAUUAAAGUUGACCUACAGAUCACAAUUAUCAGUUUUAAGGUUCUUUAAACAGCUUACAGCGCCUUGGAAAAAGUAACCCUCCUCCACACACACACCUUUUGUUAUAUUCUAACCUGUGAGUUAAAGAUCUUUCAUGUCAUUUUAUGAGAUAGAUCUGCACAAAAUGGAAAAACUUAAAUCAGCAUGUCCAAAUGUCUCCACCCAAGUUGUCACAAAGCUCCUAGAAAGUUCUGGUGCAACCAAUUAUGUAAUGUUCUGUUCUAGUUUAUGUUUAUUAUUUGGUUAAGUAGCUCUUUCCUGCCUCUGGGUUUAU